AUGCAGCACGCAUCGGGCCGAGGCCUGCGCCAGGUCGGCAACACCGGCUGGAGCAGCGACACUUUCCACCAGCCGCGCGACUACCGGCUGAUCAACCAGCUGCCCUUCGACGCCCACGUCAUGCAAGGCAGCAUGAUGGCCGCGUCAGGCUACCGCGGCGGCGCCUCCGCCGCGUCGUCCUUCGACUCCGCCCUGUACUACGGCGGGGGCUACGGCUCGGGCUACGGCGGCUUCAACGGCGGUGGCGUCUUCGGGCACUGCGCGGGGGUCGAGGCCCUGGCCACCUCCAGCAGCGGCCAGCUAUUCACCGCUUCCCGCGACUCAACAAUCAGAAGAUGGGAGCUCGGCGGCGGCCGGCCGGCAUGCGCCGCGCGGUUCGAGGGCCACGUUGACUGGGUCAACGGGCUGGCCAGGGUGGGCGAUGACGUCAUCGUCAGCUGCUCGUCGGACCGCACGGUCAAGAUAUGGCGGGCCGGCGGCGCGGGCGAGUGCGUGCACACGUUUGCAGAUGUCCACAGUGACUAUGUGACGUGCGUCGCUGCUGCAGAGCAGGCGGGGCUCGUGGCGUCUGCGGGGCUGCGGUCAGAGGUCGUUUUGUACGACCUGCAGGCCAUGCGGGCGACGCCCCUGCGGCCGCCGACCGGCGGCGGGGCUAGCGGGGGGGACGGCGGCGGCGCCCCGCGGGAAAACGGGCCGUCGGCGGCAGCUGCGGCGGCUGGCAGCUACUUUGGCGCCGGAGGGCCGGGCGGGGCGCAGCAGCCGUACCCCCACCCGCAGCACCAUCAGCAGCAGCACCAUCAGCAGCAACAGCAGCAGCAGCAGCAGCAGCAGAAGGGGCCCAAGGGCAGCAUUUACGCGCUCGCGAUGAACCCUGCGGGCACCCUGCUGGCCACGGGCACCACCGAGAGCUUCAUCCGGGUGUAUGACCCACGCACCCACGCCAAAGCCAUGAAGCUAAAGGGUCACACGGACAACGUGCGAGCACUGCUCAUGAACGACGCGGGGACGCUGCUGCUGAGCGCGUCGAGCGACGACACUGUGCGGCUGUGGGACAUGAGGCAGCAGCGGUGUAUACAGACCCUGGCGCUGCACACCGACUCAGUGUGGUGCCUGGCGGCCAGCCCCGACUUUGGCACCGUCUUCAGCGGCGGCCGCGACAGGCGGGUGUUCAGGACGCACCUCGCGCGGCGCGAGACGCAGCUGCUGGCACAGGCGGAGGGCCCCGUGCGCGCGAUGGCCCUCUCCGGCGACGAGGCGCGGCUGUGGGUGUCAAGCUGCCCCACCUCGGUGUCGGCCCGCGUAUGCGCCUACGACGUGCCCGCCUGGCCCUCGCAGCAGCCGGCGGGGGGCGGCCUGCACGUGCAGAGGAGCGCAUCUCUGUCGAGAAGCUUUCUGGGCGGCAGCCCCGCGCUGCGGCUGCGGCAGAGCAGCGACCUGUCCGGACUCGCAGAGGAGGACAGUGGCGCAGACAGAGGCCCGGCCGUCACCAUACCGGGCGCGCCAGCCCUGGUCGCGUACCGCGUGCUGCCAGACAAGCGCCACGUGCUGACUCAAGACAGCGGCGGGGCCGUCGCGCGCUGGGAUGUGCUCAGCGGGGCCAUCGUGGAGUCCUAUGGGCGGGCCGACAUCGUGGAGCGCGAGCGCGCCCUGUGGCGCCCCGUGUCUGUGCCGUCCUGGUUCACCACCGACGUGAAGCUGGGGCAGCUGGCGGUGCACCUGGAGGCGCCGGGCUGCUUCGCCGCGGAGGCGUACGCACCAACGAGCCGCGACUCAAUACAGUAA